AUGGACAGGUCUGCAGAUGAAAGCAACGGCACUGCAAAUCACAGCGAGGUUGUGAAGUGGGAAUUCCGUGGGGAUUCAUCUGGCGCAGACUUACUCCAGCAUAUCCGGGACCACGUGGUUGAUGUUCUGAGCGAUUAUAACACAUCAAUCAGUACAGAUUCCACUCCUGAUAUGUCCUCAUCGAACUUUUCGCCGAUUUUAUUCGAUCAAUCUCCAAAUAAGUCAUGUAGCUUAGGAGACCUACCUUUAUUUGAGACGGCAAAGGCAGUUUGUGAGGCCGCUUUUAGCGAGAUGAAGGCCUAUUAUUGUUUUAUUCACUUUCCUACUUUCUACCAGAUGCUAAGCGAAGUAUACACACUUCCUAGCGAUAACUUAAUGGACGGAAAAAGUCAAUAUCUUAAUCUUCUCUUUUCUGUCCUCGCCCUAGGUUAUAAUUCUGAAAGAAAAGGUUACAAUAAACGUAAUAGGUCAGGGGGUUUAAUAAGUGAAACAAGAGCCGAUAAUGGCCAAAAAUAUUUUAAAUGCGCAAAAAGCGCCAUAGAUGUUGCCGACUGUGAAACUAUCCCACAGUUGCAAACAGUUAUAUUCAUAAUUCUCUACCUCCAAGCAACUGCCGACUUGAACGCCUGCUAUUCUUAUCUUAGAUUGGCACGCAAAUCGGCUGUUCGAAUGGGAUUAAAUCAUAAGCAUGCUUGUGAGCGUAAUCCCAUAGAGUGCGAAGUUAAACGGAGGAUCUUUUGGACUAUUUAA